CGGUCUCCGCAUCUUGUCUAGGACUUCUUUUCGUUCCUGGUCUCGACAUUUUCGAUACACCAUUACCUCUGAAUACCUAAACGGGGAAAAACAUACGGCAUCAGCCCUUGUGGAAACCAAACCUACCUCAGCAUCUCUCAACUCAGCUCAAGGACUUCGACCAUGUGCACUUGGUCUUACCUUCACCAUCAUCACGUUCAACCGUGCCCUCGGCCGAUUGACAAUGUCUUCCAUUGGGAAUUCUGCAUAGAUGCUGGAAGAGAUUCAGAUGGCAGCUUCCAGACUCCCUGCGAUAGGGUCACUUCCAAUGCUGUCCAGAACGUUGAUUUUGAUAAUCCUUGCGCAACCGGAGGUUGUCUUAUUUCUCCAGAUUGUAGCGCCGGCAGCUGCCGUUUGCAAGAGUUGAAUGGCUAUUGGAUCUGCUGUCAAUGCAGCAGAGGCAGCAACACACUCCGCUGGUGUCGACACAAAAUGAAGAAGAGUCCGGACACUUUCUGCUACCACCGAGUCUGCAGGAAUUGCACGGCGGACACUAACACCUGAGUCCUAACGACGGCACCAGAGCAAGACAAGUUGAAGGGCUUCGCAGAGCCAGCUCUAUUGAUAGGCGACGACGUGGAGACGGGAAAGAAUACACGAGGAGUUUGCAAAAGUGAUUUGGAAUCUUUCAACAGACCGACGAUUUGUUAUUCCAGAAGUGGCGCCAUAUCUCACUCGAUGCUCGUUCACCAGCCGCCACAUCCAAGUUCUCGGCUCUUCAUGGGCCGUGGAAAAAUGGAUAUCAGAGUCUAGGCUUUUAGGCCCUAGUCCAGCAGCU